GGUUCUGGCGCUUGGGACAUAAUACCUUUAUAUUCUCCCAGGGACAUCAAAUGCCUAACUAGUAUGUGCAUUGCUACUGCCUGCACAUGCAUGCACAAUUGGAUGGAAAUUACCGGAAGAAAAACUGAUUUUGCCUGCGGGUAAAAGUAGGCCUGUAGCAGCAGUAGGAAUACUUUACACAUAGUUUUGGUCAAACAGGUUUGACAAGACUGUACAUCACCCGCCCUCCAGACUGGCAAAGGCAAAAAGUGUGUGAUGCUGCCUAUUUAUGACGCCGCCUACAGUCCUAGUGCGCACAUCGCCUGUGCUUUCAGACUCCCGAGUCCAUAGCGCUAAAUUACUUUAUCAAAAACCUGUUGAGGCCUGAGCAAACUGCCAAUCCGAUGUAUCGGACAUGGCUACAGUUCCUCGCGCUUCUGGGUGGAUUUGCAGUGCCAGGUGUGCUGCGCGUCGGUGGGAUGGAGGUUUUUAUGUCCAAUGAGGUGGAGGCAGUGAACGGGACAGAAGUGAGACUGAAGUGCACCUUUAAGUCCAAACACCCUGUGUCCCUCUCCUCUGUGACUGUCUCCUGGAACUUCCGUCCCUUGGCCCCGGGAGACGAGGAGUCGGUGUUUUACUACCAGGAUACGGCAUACCCCCCUACAGAGGGGCGGUUUAAGGGCCAUGUGGUGUGGUCGGGGGACAUCCUGAGACAGGACGCCUCCAUCAGCCUCCAGGACGUUCCCUUCACCUUCAACGGUACCUACACCUGCCAGGUUCGCAACCUGCCUGACGUCCACGGCAUCAACGGAGAGGUCACCCUCAGGGUCGUCCACAAAGUCUCCGUCUCUGAGAUAGGCAUGCUGGCUGUAGCCAUCGGGGCAGCCAUCGCCAUAGUCCUGGUGGUGCUGGGCAUCUUUGUGGUGUUCAAGUACCGCAAACUCAACCGCCACGCCAACACAGACCUGGAGCUGCAGGGGAGGGAACUGCAGGAGAGAGAGUUAAAUGCCAAGGUCCUAGAGGAGAGUGAGCUAAAUGGCAGGGUCCUAGAGGAGAGUGAGCUAAAUGCCAGGGUCCUAGAGGAGAGAGAGCUAAAUGCCAGGGUCCUAGAGGAGAGAGAGUUAAAUGGCAGGGUCCUAGAGGAGAGAGAGCUAAAUGCCAGGGUCCUAGAGGAGAGAGAGCUAAAUGCCAGUGUCCAAGAGGAGAGAGAGCUAAAUGCCAGUGUCCUAGAGGAGAGAGAGCUAAAUGCCAGGGAGAAGAAGGAGUGGAAGGGCCCUACAGUGUGUUGAGAGGUCUAGGGGGGUCCAGGGGUCAGGGGCAAAUCCCCUCCCUACCUCUGCUGGUGUGGGUGAGGUGUCCUGUUUGGAUGGACUGGUCUCUGACUAGAAGGGCUGGCCAUUCCAGGUCCACUCUGUUUGGGAGGACUGAUGAGGGGGGGGUCCUGCUUUCUUCUACCGUCUGCUCACAUGAGUCGCCAUUCAGACUCAACUUGCUACUGUAGUUGAACUUAACCCAGUAUUAGUGAUCCCUUUACAUUCCACCACUUUUUCAGGCACCAUUUCAUGUUUUUUAACAAACAGCUAUGUUAUUGUAUUUUAACUAUGUAGUAUUAUGACUACUAGUAGUCUAUUUGAGUCAAUUAUUUUACUGAGUAAUAGUCCAAGAGAUACCAGUAUGUUGGAGGAAUUCUUUUAAACCAAAAUUGCUGUUCUUUGGAACUUUUUCACUAACAUCAACUCACACUGGGACUGCUGGCCCAGCUGCCUGGCCUGGCCUGUUAUGUCUGUCUGUCUGUGCUUCUCUACAUUAACUCUUGUUAGAUAUGGCUGAAUUGGCACCAGCUGCAGUCUCUUGAUGUGGUGGCAUCCAACUCAACUAGCAGACUGGUUCAGCAACUCUUUGCUCCAGUAUCCAUCUUCUUCUUCAUCACAUUUGGGAUGGUAGCCAUUUGUUCCAAAUUCGUUUACAGAAUUAUUUUACCACUUGAAUAAUCAACAUUCCUCUACAGUUGAGCUCAUGGCUCAUAUGGACAUCAAAAUUAAUGUUUUUGACAGCAAAUUUGCGAGUGUGUUUUGUGGUUAUGGUCAAGGUCCCAUGGUGAGUUAAGUCAGUGAAACACUUUUGUUAAACCUGUGGUAUCUGGGGGUUGCUAAGGUAAGGGCAAGGGCAGCCCUGUAUCUGGCAGUGGCUAAUGUUAAGGCUAAGGGCAUUGGGCAGCAAGGCUUUUGGAAGCUUUCCUGGGCCAGGAGUUUUCAGUGACUAUCUGCCAUUUAGUUUUCCUGGCCAAUGCUCUCCUGCUUCCUGCAAAAAUGACAACUUAAAUGACUGCCUAUUACUUCUGAAUAUAAAAGGAACUGUGAUACAUCUUUGAAUGUAGAUGAAGAACCCCACCAUUCAAUGAAGAAGCCUGUUUUCCAUGAAGAAGCCUGUUUUCCAUGGGUUCUGUCAUUUUUGUGAACUGAUGUUGCCACCAUUUGUCCAUUAUAGGAAGCAGCUCCAUCUUUCUCCCUCUGUGUCCACACUGAGGAUCAUGGGUGUUGUGGUCUCAAAGGUUUCUCCCUCUCUCAUAUUCUGCCUCUCCUGUUGUAUUACAAAGCUGCCCAUGAGCCAAAUGAACAGAGGAGUCUAUCCAAGACACUGCCAACACCCCAGUCUGCCGCUCACUCCUACAGUGUACAUGAGUAUGACUUUCCGUUUAGGAGAAACAUGAAGAUGUCACUGUACCAAUCAUGAGGACAUUGCCAGUCCAUUCUAGCAGGAGACUCUACAAGGUGCGGGUUCUGUUCACCUGCUUGUGCAGUUAUCCAAUCUGAUGUGUUAUGUCCCAUCUGAUCAAUAUCUGCCACCAGCCAGACCCAUUACCCUCCCAUGGGACUGGAAACAGUAUUCUCCUGGUAAAGAAUUCCAUGAAUGAUUCUAUUGAUUUAUUUCAUGUAUGCGUUUGUAAAGAUCAAAACUGUAUAUUUUAUUACACGUUUUAUAAGGUUGAGAGAUUUAUUUUAUUGUGCGUUUUUCAAUAAAAUAAUGCUUGUUUUGAUGGUUUUAACUCGAAA